AUGCCUACAGUCAUCCACCUCAGGGCUGAAACUAAGCCAUUCGAGCGUCGUUCGCCGAUGUCGCCCGAAACAGCCAAGGCUCUCAUUCAAGCCGGCUACCUCGUCCGUGUCGAACGAUCUCGCGAACGCAUAUACAACGAUGACGAGUUUGAAGCUGUUGGUGCAGAAAUGGUGUCUGCCGGAUCAUGGCUGAAUGCCCCACGCGAAGACAUCAUCCUAGGUCUCAAGGAGCUGCCCGAAGAUGAUAUCCCUUUACCUCAUACAUAUAUCCAUUUCCAGCAUAUUUUCAAGAAACAACAUGGUUGGGCCCGUUCACUCUCUCGCUUUGCGCGAGGUGGUGGUACGCUGUAUGAUCUUGAGUUCCUGACCGAUGAAGCUGGACGUCGUGUGGCUGCUUUUGGCUAUUGGGCGGGAUAUGCUGGCGCUGCUCUGGCCCUGUUGUCCUGGGCCCAUCAAGUCUUACACCCAGGCGUCACCCAAGGCCCGGUAUCUCUUUUCGAAAGUGUCCCGGCCCUGGUUCAACAUGUCAAAUCUGCCAUCGAACCCGCGAUUCGUACCAACAGCGGUCAAACUCCCCGCUCUGUGGUUGUUGGUGCCCUUGGACGAUGUGGCAAAGGGGCCGUGGACUUUUUCCUCGCGGCUGGAUUUUCCCAAGACACAAUCCUCCAGAUGGACAUGGCUGAGACUGCUCGUGGUGGCCCGUUUCCGGAGAUCGCUGCCUCGGACAUAUUCAUCAACUGUGUCUAUCUCGGUCCUACUCCCACUCCUCCUUUCGUCACCUUGGAAUCUCUUUCGGCACCAGAGAGGCGACUGCGAGUCAUCUGCGACGUGAGCUGUGACCCCAACAGUGAAAACAAUCCUGUCCCCGUGUAUUCUGGCUGGAGCUCUUUCGACAAACCCACGAUUCCCCCUUCUAAAGACCUGGAUGGACCAGAACUCAGAGUCAUUGCCAUCGACCACCUCCCGACUCUGAUACCCCGAGAGUCCAGCGAUGAAUACUCCUCUUUGCUGUUACCAAGUUUGCUGACCUUGGAACGCCGGGAAAACGAAGGCGUUUGGAAGAGGGCGGAGCAAACCUACAAAGACAGGGUGGCGGAGUUGCCACAGUCCGACCACGAUAAGCCUUGA